GGGCCAGAGCAGCGCGGGCCGGCGCAGGGAGCGUGGGUGGCCGCUUUAAGAGGGCGAGCGCGGGGGUGGGCCCCUCCCCCCCGCUCGCUUCCACUUCCGAGUCCGGGCGGCGGAGGGAAGCAGCAGCAGCAGCAGCAGCAGCAGGCGGGAAGAAAGAAUCAAAAGUCUAGUCUCUUUUAAACAGAGCUGACUGGCAUAGUGGAAAUUGCCAUGAGACUUCUCUGUACUGCACUUUCUUUGGCCUUGAUUUACCAGCUGGUUGAUGCUACGUUAUCAAAGACAGAUGCAAAGAAAAUGGCUUCAAAAACGCUGGAGGAAAAGAUACGGCAUUCAGACAAAAUUGUACAAGACCGGGGUCUGGUAGUCACUGAUCCAAAGGCAAAAGAUAUUGUGUUGGAACACAAAAGUUACUGUGCCAAGAAAAUAAAGGAGAGACACUUCUUGGGAGAUGUUCUGGGAUAUAUCACCCCUUGGAACAACCGUGGCUACGAUAUUGCUAAAGUGUUUGGAAACAAAUUUAUGUUGAUCUCCCCAGUCUGGCUACAGGUGAAAAGAAAGGGAAAGGAGAUGUUCCAGUUCACAGGGCUACAUGAUGCUGACCAAGAUUGGAUAAAAGAUGUCAAGAAAAACUCUAAAAACAUCAAAAUAGUUCCUCGGAUUUUGUUUGAUGGAUGGACUUACCAAGAUUUUGAGAGUGUUUUUGGCAGUGAGGAUGAGAUAGAGGAGCUUUCCAAGACCAUGGUGCAAAUAGCCAAGGAAGAAAAUUUUGAUGGAUAUGUAGUUGAAGUGUGGAGUCAGCUGGGAAAUCAAAAGCAAGCGGAGCUGAUUCAUUUGCUCACUCACAUCUCGGAAGCUCUCCAUGAAGCACAACUUAAGCUAAUACUGGUCAUCCCACCUGCUGUGACACCAGGGACCAACCAGCUGGGAAUGUUCACAAAGAAAGAAUUUGAUCAAUUGGCCCCAGUAAUGGACAGCUUCAGUCUCAUGACAUACGACUAUUCUACACCACAGCGGCCUGGCCCAAACUCCCCUCUUCCCUGGGUACGGGCCUGUGUUCAGGUGCUUGAUCCUGAAUCCAAAUGGAGGAGUAAAAUUCUGCUGGGGCUGAAUUUCUAUGGCAUGGACUAUUCAGCACUGGGUGCCUCUGGAGAGCCUAUCCUUGGUAACAGUCAUAGACCAUGUACCUCCUGCCUCAAGUUCUGAGGAAGAUGAAAGAAUGGAGCAUCUGUGAUCUUGAUUGCUCCCGAGUGGCUCAGGCAGUUCUGGCUCCCAAGCAUUCUCCUAACAACCCUAUGCAUCCAUAUUCAACUCUUCCCAGGCUUAUUGACUCAGGACAGAGACAAGAUGAAACACCCCAGUCCAACAUCCCUCCAUCUAACAGCAUGGUAUUUGUAUGAGCAAUGGACCUAGAAAAUCAUGCUUGGAAGUGAUACAAUCCAUCCUGAGCAAUAGUGAAAGAGAUUCCAUAAGGAAAUGCUACACAGCAAAAUGGAAAAGAUCCAGCAUUGCCAGAUACCCCCAGAGGGAGCCAAGAGCCCUAUUAUUCUGGACUAUUUCCUCUUUCUAAAAAUGUCAGAACUAUUUCUCAGCUCCUUGCAGGUCCACCUGGCAGCUAUGAGGGCUUUUCACCAUCUGGUGGAUAGCCAUUCAUCUUCCCCCAUCCUAAUACAGUGUGGUUUCUAAAUGGAUUUGUGAGAUCUUCUCCUUUGAUACCGAAACCUAACCCAACAUGGAUCUCAACCUAUGUCCUAUUGGCAUUAAUGCAGGCUCCAUUCUAACCCUUAGCCUUGUAUUUCUUUGUUUAUCUAUCUUUGAAGAUUGCCUUUCUGGUUGCCAUCACCUCAGCCAAAAGGGUAGGGGCAGUGGGAACUCUUGUGGCUGAUCCACCUCAUAUAAUCUUCCAUAAGGACAAUGUUUUCCUGGAGUUUACUUCCAAAUUCUUUCCCAGGUAACCUCGUAAUUUCCUCUAAAUCAUGUUAUUCACUUACAUGUCACGUUCUGAAGCCGCAUGCUACCAGAUAGGACAAAAAACUACACUCUGGAUAUAUGUUGAGCCUUGGCCUUCUACCUGCGGAGGGCAAAACCCUUUUGGAAAUCCCCUAAACGAUAUGUCUCCUUUGCUUGGGAAUAGAGAAGUGUAGCCUUGCAUGUAUAUAUGUAUAUGAAAAGAAAGGUAUUGAUUAAUGCUGUAAUGUAAGUAGUGAAUCAACAGGUCCAAGGCAUAUAAGGUAAGGAUGGCUUAGCAUAACUAAGGAUUGGGCUUGACAUGGUUAGAUGAUAGGCAGGUGACCUUAAAUCACAAGGUAAAGUAUAAACAGCAUGCAAGUAUUAAAAAUUAGUCAGCUAGUGUUAAGUAAGAAACCACAAACACAGGUUGCAACUCCAAUAUUGUGAUUCUUUGUAUAGAGAUUUCAUAUCUAAGUACAUAUGCAACAUUACUUUUUUUAAAAGGCUCUUUAGACUUUUAUUGUAUAGAUUUCAGUCUUGCAUGGAGGGAUAACUUUGGGCUUGACUGUACACAUGAGAGGAUCCAGAUUUUGCAAAAAGAAAAAAAUGACUUUAUAUUAAUGCGAUGAUUAAAAGGACAAUAAAAUUCACCUGGUUACUGUGGACUUGCAUAUGGAGACUAUUGGACCUGAGUGUCUCGGUUAGCAGAAUUGUUAUGCUGAAAAUAAGAAAUAUAUACCUUUGUGUAUUACUGAUAAGGAUAAAUGCCAUCCUAAAUGUGCAAGCACAUCCUGAAUGGAAACUGGGGUGGGUAAACUGCUCUUCAGAAGAUGACCUCAAAACUCUCCCUAUUUCAUUCUAAGUGAGCCCAGACUUAGACUGUAUCUUUCAAUGGCUAACACUAAUUCUUUCUGCCUUCUGAGGAAAAGGACGCCUUACACACACUUCUUUCAGCUUCUUUUGGUAUGCUGCCUGAUCAAAAGUGAUUCACCCACAUAAAAGGUCAAGCAGCGAACAAAGUAACUAUUAUAGGCAAUAUUAAAACUUGGCUUAAAAGCAAUGCAAGCUAUUUGAUGAAGCCAUGUAGCUUUAUCAGUGAACAUCACUUAAAUGAUAACACUUAUUAUAAUUGUUCUUUAUUUCUCACAGCUGUUGACUAGACCCGAGC